UCUAACGCGCACUUCGUGUUACGUUCGUGUAACGCUCUCGUACCGUUACGUUACGCUUCGCUGUAAACUUGACAGUAUCUUCGAAUCCGUCGUUACGUCAAGACCUCCCCUUGACUACAGUUACUGCGGCACCCGUGACAACCGUGCGGAAGAACAACAACACGCGGAAGGACUUCCUCGACACUUGACGAUCUGAGCGCGACUUGGACACAAGAUGACGUUAUCCGAAUUCCGCAAGAAGAAGCUGCUUUACGUGUUCAAUGCCUUUUUCGAUGUCAACCAGAGUGGAAGCAUCGAUAAGAAAGACUUUGAUCUGGCCAUUCAGCGGGUGUCCGAUUCCAGAGGAUGGGGACCCGACAACCCCAAGAGCCAGCAGGCCAAAGACACCUUGCUCAAAGUUUGGGAUGGAUUGAGGCAGAGAGCUGAUGCGGAUCAGGACGGACAAAUUAGCCGUGACGAAUGGUACUCCAUGUGGGAGGAAUACGCCAAGAACCCAGCCAAGGCACUGGAGUGGCAGCAAGUAUACAUGAACUUUAUCUUUGACCUGGAAGAUUCCUCCGGCGACGGCUCCAUCGACGAGAAUGAGUUCAGUCACGUUUGCAGCAGUUACGGAGUCCCGGAGGCUGAGGCCCGAGAGGCUUUCAAGAAGCUUGGUGCGGGUAACGAAGUAAACCGCGACAAUUUCGCUGAUCUCUGGAAACAAUACUUCUCCUCCGACGACCCGAACGCACCCGGAAACUUCAUAUUCGGAAAGACUUCCUUCUAAUUUAAACGAUCUUCAGGAGAGUGAGCGUCGUUGCUCGCCAUCGUCACCUGUUACUAUUGUGAUUUUCCCAUUACUGUUGUUUUAAUCAUCGUCCUAUGAUUAGCGUAACAUUAUUAUUAUUAUUAUUUUAAAUUACCAAGGUGAUUUUAAUUAAUGCCUAUAGUAUAUAACCCGUAGUUAGUCAUAGUCCUGCCGAGUGUCAUGAACUACCGGAAUCGUAACACCUUUUAUUUUAAUUUAUGCUUUUGAGUUUUGGUUAAAAACAAGAAAAAAGAAUUAUCGUUAUGGAAAAUAAAGUAAUAAUAUACUUCGGUGGCAAAACGUCAAAAAUCACUUGAAAAAUAUCCGAUCGUAUUCGUCACAUACGAUCCUCCACGUACAUAUAUGUGUUAUAUAUAUAUAUAUAUAAAGGGAGCGUUCGCCUCGGAUCUCGCUACAGAAAUAAGGAUAGAAUUUGAAAUUUCUGGAGAAGACUCAUGCGACCGCAUACGUUAGAUCUGCCAUUUCCAUACUUUAUCCUUUUUUUUUUUGAUUCUUGCAAAUAUCCUUUCACGAUGGCAUCCAUCGGCAUAAAAGUUUUCACGUUCAAAAGUGUCCACUUGGAAUGUCGAGUACGUAAACGACUCUCUGAUUUGAUGUUUUCGCUUUUUUUUUUCUAUGUUAAAAACCUCGGUUACCCAUGCACUUUGAAUAUUCGUGAUUCGCGUCAGUGAAAUUCAUUCGAUUUCAAUACAUAAUAAUGAUCUAUACCGGAAAUGGAAUGUCUAGCGUUUACGAGACUCCAGGUUCAAUUUCAUUGCCAUUCAUAACUCGUAAUUCAUGUGCCGUAAAAACGUAUAUAAGAGAGCUCGUGUGCGAUUUCAUAUUGGCUCUAUCAUCCUUUAUUAGAAUCGUUAUCACAAUUUGCCAACAGAGCGUUCGCGCGAACGUUCGUAAAUACACGAAAUGUUAUUUACACAGCGUUUGGCAAACUUCGUAUGGAGUACCUAUAUCAGAGUUAUUUGAUAACGUGUCUUAUUAUCUUUGGACAUAUCUGUACACCUUAUACAUUCAAGUGGACGUGUUCUCAAAUUGUUCUUUAGACUUGUGUAUACUAUACAUAAUUAUGCAUAUCACAUAUACAUAUACCUAUAUAACCUAUAUACUUUGUCACAGAUAAAAUUUCUUUCUUGUAAACGAAUUAAUCGUUCGUUGGAUACGUAUGAUAUUGUAUAGUACAGGCACACUAAAUGUUUCAAUAUUCCAUGAAUUAUUUAUGGGAAUCGCCAUAUUAUCUUUUGCAACAAAAUAAUUGGAGUAUAACUUACGUGUAUUACUAAGUGUCUAUCCAUGUCUGGAUAUCCAAAAUAUAGCUAUCGUACUCUGUGUGUCAGUGAGUGUUUAGUAUUGGAAAUCAAUUAAUGUAUUUACUGUGUGCAAUAAGAUAUACCGCAUUAAAACCGUUAUCGUAGCCAAUUUCUAAUACUAUUCUAAUAAUUAGAUUUAUUCUUAAAAUUGUCUCAGGAGUCAAUUAAGGUUCAAUCCAAUUUUUUAAUAAGAUAUUCAAAGUUUUAUUCAUUCUAUUGAUGCCCAAUACUAAAUAGCGAUAAAUCGCCAAUCAAUGUUUCAUGCUUUUCAACUGUUCGACUUCUGAUCCGAAAUACAUUCGUUUGCAUGAUGGAGAAAAGGAAAAAGAGCAAAUGGAAAGCAGCCCCGUUGAAAAUGACGUGUUUACUGACACGUGGAGUAUCAGGGAUGUAUAGAAACCGUUUUGUAAACCCGAUGCCAUCUUGCGAGUCGUGCUAGUAUUUAUUUGAAAAUUCGUAUUCAUUGUCGAUCGCUGCCCACGUCGAUAGAAAUCGAAACUGUCGGCACUCCCAUAACUAUGGACUCAUUUGUCGUGUAAAUAAUAAAUUUGACUAUUGUGUAGAAUCAUUUAACGCUGAAUAAUACGGAUCAUUUCUAUAGAAAAGUUAACGCGGUCGUAUAUGAUUUUCGAAAUGCUACACGAAAACGUAAUUAUAAAUACAUAAGCGCAAACAUACAUAAAUACAUAAUAUAUAUAUAUACAUAUUAUAUAUGAAAAGAUAUCUAACUCUUAAUUAAGAAAACAAGAAAAGAUAAAUUAUUGUAGCAACUCUAUAAUUGUGACACGAGUGAAAUUUAUGCAGUAAAAUAAUACAAAGAAAUAAAUUAUCUUGGCAUGUCGAAAA